CUGCCGCCCGCGGCGGUGCCCGAGGGAUCGCCCGGCGCCGAGCCCCGGAGGGUCCGCGGCGGGAGCGAGGGGUCGGGACCGUCGGAGCUGCCCGGCGGCGACACGCGGGAGCUGCUGGAGGAGGUGGAGAUGCAGAUCGGCGACGCCGCCUUCUCCCUGGCGAAGAUCCUGGAGGCGACCUCGGCCGUGUCGGCCCAGGUGGAGGAGCUGGCCACCAAGUGCUCGGAGAACGCCCGGUUCCUCAGGACGUGGCGGGACCUGCUGAGGGAGGGCUACGAGUCCCUGAAGCCCAGCGGCUGACGCUGGCCCUGCCCGCUCGUCCCGCACUGCGGCGGGCUCUUUUCCUCCUGGAGGGAGCUCACGUGGAGUUUUGUUUGCCCCCGGAGUUCUUUCUCAAAUACUUCAGGGCUCUCGUAUGAAUGUUUCAUGUUAGUCCACCGAAUAAAAAAAAACUUUGUUUAGGAAUCAGUUUUGACUUUUAGAUUCUUCGUUGAAGCUCAAGCGAUCUUAAUGCUCAGUGCUCCUUUUUUUUUCCUCUCUCUUUCGUGCUAACGUGGUAGAUACAAAGUUAGUAUGUGUGCUACGUUCGGAACUCAUUACUGGUGUCCUAGGAUAAAGAAUUGUCAGCCCUCCUCAAGAGCUGUCAGCAGCAGAAACCCUGCCAGCCCCAGGGAAACUUCAACUAACUUCAGUUCUUUUUAUGCACACUUUUUCUUCAUGUUGAGUACGGGAUAAUGUGGCAAGUUGUGGCUUAUUUAUGAGCUGUAAAAAAUCCUGUAUCCAAAAUCUUACUAUUUUUAGCAGUAUUUCAAUAUAUGACUAUAAAGCUGCAGGUUUAUUUUUUUGCAAGAUGUUUUAUUACUGCAAACAAUUUUAUGCUACCUUUUGUUGUAAUAAAGUGCCUUAUGGUGGACCAUAUAUCUUGUGACAUAUCCUGUCACUGGGGAAGCACUUCAGAGAUUUUUCAGUAUUUGGUCCUGUUUUUUAUCUUUGCCUUAAGCAGUGACUAGAUUGAUAAUAGAACCUUUUGGUCUGAAAGAUGGCUGAUUUGUAAUAAAUAGCUGUCCUGACACUCCUGUAUCUUUACCAGGCACUGUGAAAAACAGUAAUGCUGAGGUGCAAUGGCAGGCUGCAGGAGAACACAACUCUGUCAUGACUUAUUAGCAGGCCUUAUUUUUACUUAUAGGACUUUGAGAAAGACCCACUGUAGUUUGCUUAUCAAAACAAUAAAGAUGUUGCAAAAAUUCUGAA